ACCGCAAAACCGCGGGCGAGCUCUGUGAAAAAGACCUCUCCAUUUUGGAUCUUUUUUUAUAGCGCUCUCAGCCCCGUUGUCGGCCGCCUUUUUCUCUGCCAGGGACGACGUUGGGGCUGCUGCGACUUUCUCGCAGCAACGCUCUGCGUUUUCGCUGCCGCCCAUUCAAGGAUUUGUUAGUCGGCUGAGGCGCACAAACGAACGGCCCCGGCGACAAGAGCAGCGGAGGAAAAUCUCGAAAAAGACGUCGAAAAUGCCGUCGAAGCGAAUCAUUGAAGAGGAGAAAAAACGCCUGGCGAGGAGCACGCAUCAGGCGUCGGACGCAGAGACGACUCCUCGCAACAGAGACAAGAGUCGCGGAAAGGGGAAACGCGAGAGAGAGAAGGAAAAACGCGAUGGCGGGAAGAAGGAGAAACGCGACGGAGAGAAGAAGGAGAAACGCGACGGAGAGAAGAAGGAGAAACGCGACGGAGAGAAGAAGGAGAAACGCGACGGAGAGAACAAAGAGAAACGCGAUGGAGACUCGUCGCGGAGACGCUCGCCUCGCCGCGAGGCCAAGGAAGAGCGCAAAACUCACGGAAAGAAGGUAGCAACGCUGCCCUCGCUCUCCAAGCCCUCGGCCAUGCUGGCGACUGACUGGAGCUCCUUGAAGUGCCUCUCGCGCGUUGUGGGGAAGCGGGGAGAACCGCUCGUCUGGUUCAAGAAAUCCGGAUCUCCCUGGUGGCCUGGCCUCGUCUGUCUCCCCACAGAUCCCUGCUUAAAUCCGCCCCUCGAGCCUCGACAAAGCGUCGUUCGUCCCCACCGGGUCUUGGUUCUCUCUCUCGGCAUCAACACAUACUACUGGGCACAGCCUUCGAACAUUCGCGACUUCCGCCUCGCUUACGACGAAUUCGCCCCCAUGGCGAAGAAGCUGAACAAGGCGUCGCGCAUGGCUCUGCAGACCGCGUUGGAGGAGUGUGCGUGGAAGGACAGUCCAGACUGGACGUCGAUCUCGACUUUGAUCACUCAGCCAGACAGGCUGUCGGACGACGAAGACUGGCUAACGGAAGGCGAAGCGAGCUCCGAUGAUGACGUUUUUGUCUCUGCACCCGCUGCUCUACCUGACGCUCCUGCCGGCCAAACGCCGAGGCGAGGACGCGAUGGAGAGAGGCGGCCCGGGGAGACAGACGAGAGAGACGGGAGAGACGAGCGAAAGAGGGUCAUCAGGAAAGAAGAGACGCGCCAGCAGAAGCCGGAGACCGCAGAGGCAAAAAAGACAGAGGAGAAGUCGAGUGCCCAGGCGGCUCGGAAGAGUCUUCAGGAACGGAUUGCAGAGCUGAGGAAGCGAAGCAGGAAACAGGUAUCGAACUCCCCGAAGAAGGAGAUCGGAAGAGAAAGUCUGAAAGCAAAAGAACCUGAGAAAAAACGAGAGAGUUCGCGAUCCACCUCCCGCUCCUCGCAGUCAACGAGCCGUACAAGUUCUCAAGAUAAAGAAAACGAUGGAAACAGCCGCAGAAGCAACAGCGAAAGCAGUUGUCAGCAAUCUGGCCCCCAAGCCUCUUCUCGCUCUUCCUCUCGCUCUUCCUGUCACUCUUCCUCUCGCUCGUCUUCGCCAUCUUCUUCUCGCUCUUCCUCUCGCUCUUCGGCUCGUUCUUCUUCUCGCUCGUCUUCCCCAUCUUCUUCUCGCUCUGCUGCUCGUUCUUCCUCUCACUCUUCUGCUCGCUCUUGCUCUCGCUCUUCCGCUCGUUCUUCCUCUCGCUCGUCUUCCCCAUCUUCUUCUCGCUCUUCUUGUUCUGCGCGGAGCAAGAAGAGCGGCGGAAGUGGAGAGGAAACUCCAAGGAAGGAGGACGGAGUAACUCGCCACAGCGAGGAACUCCCGACAUGCGACGGUGGGGGAGAAAGUGAGGGGGAAGGCAAAGGAUCGGAGCGUUCGUCUUCAGAGCGUGAGGAGGCGGAAUCUGAGGCAGGAAGCGAAUCCUCCAGGCGCGACUCGGUGACCUCUGAGGAGAAAGGCGAUUCAGACGAGAAGGAAACGGCGUCGGAGGCGAGCGUGGGUUCCACGCUGAGAGCUGCCAAGAGCGCAGGCGUGGAGGAGAACGCAAGUGAUGGAGAGAAAGAAGAAGAUAUGAAGUCGCGCUCGUCUUCGGCCUCGCGGGAGUCGAGCUCGAGUGCGAGAGAGAGCGACAGCGAAGAACAACAGGACGAUGAAGGCGCGAACAGCAAAGCCAGCGAGCGAGGGUCUUCUCGUUCUUUGUCUCGGUUUUCUGGAGAUAACAAGGAUGAAGAGAAAAGAGACUCUUCAUCGCGGUCUUCUUCGCAAGCCCCUGGGCAAGAGGCGGAGAGGGCAGAGACCAUUUCCAGUGGGGGGAACUCGGGGGCUUCUUCGCGUCGCAGUUCUGUGAGCGAGGGAGAGCAGGCAGGAUCUGAUUUUCGCGGCGGUUCUCCGGAGAAAGCUCCUGAAGAAGACAGAAAGGAAGAUAUCUGUGUGGCAGACAGCACAGAGGAUGCGGCCGUGAAGAAGCUGAGUCGCUCUCCGUCAGUGGAAGAGACGCCGCGAGAGGCAGAGGGGGUUCGGAGAGGAGAGAGGAAAGGCAAGCGGCAAAGAGGGAAGGACGCGGAAAAGAAAAGCGACCGUAGGCCAAAGGGAAAGAGAGAAGAGAAGAAAAGCCACUCAGAGAAGAAGACGAGGAGAGAGAAGAGAAGCGAGCACGAGGAAGAGGGGAGGGAGAGCCACCGCGCGGACUCGCGGAGGAUUCGGGAGAAAGGGCGCGAUAUAGAGAAGAAUAGAGGACGGAAGAGGUCGGGAGAGAAGAAGUCGGAGAACUCGAGAGCCACGCACUCGUCGUCUGCGACAGAAGCCCAGAAGAGACAAGAGAAGAGCACGCGCGAAGAUCGCCGCGCGCGAAGAGGCAGGAAGAGAAGUCGAAGUGCCGACCGAGAGAGAGGAGAGAAAAGCAGUCGCGGCGAGGGGAAGCGAGACCGAGGAAGAUCGCGCAGAGACGAAAGAGAGCGCAAACGACGGCGAACGACUGAGAAAGACUCGAGAGAACGUCGACGCGAGAAGAGAGACGAGAGACACGAGCGGAGAAGAAGAAGGUCGCGCUCCAGAAGCAGCUCUCUUGAGUCAAGGUCAUCGAGUGAUGAGUCGCGCUACCGCAGAAAACACCGACGCUCGCGCGCGUCUCGCAGCCGGUCGCCCGGCUACAAGCGUCGCCUCCCUUCUUCUCGUCUGUCGCUGCCGUUCUACGCGCCGCCGCGAGGCCGAUCGCGGUCUGCGCGCCGCGAAGGCUCACCGCGGACUUCGCGGCCGUGGUGGGAAUCGCUGUGCACCAGCCAACUGGCUCAGCAGGAGCGCGCGAGGAAGGACGAACGCGACAACGGCCGCCAUGCGCAGAAGCGCUGCACCCCCUGCAACUUCAUCUUUGCUCGCGGCGGCUGCAAGUACGGCAACAGCUGCAACUUUUGUCACCACGAGGACCACCGCCGCCACAUGGAUACGCUGAUGAAUGCAUGCUUGUCGCGAAACAGUCCCUCGAUCACUCGCCGCGACUUGCGCCGGAGAAGCGACGCGUUGUCGCUCGGCUCCUCUUCGUCCUCGAGUCGCGGACAUUUCUCUUCGCGCUCCCAGUCGGUCUCCUCUGUCUCCUCGCGGAGCUUCGCGAGCCCCAGGCGGUCGCGGUCUGGCCGCUCGCGCCGCGGCUCGGACUCCAGGAGCCUUUCGCGGCGGCGGACGGACUCCCGCUCUCCGCGCGGCAGAGGGCGCUCCGCCUCGCGGCGGGCGUCAGUGCGGCGACAACACGAGCAGCGCAGGUGCAGGCCGUGCAGAUUUGUCUUUUCUCCGGGAGGAUGCAGGAAAGACGACGCCUGCGACUUCUGCCACGACCCGUCUCACGAUCCUGACGUUCGAUCACCCUUCGCGCAUCGGUCCAACUUCCCCGCGCGACGCCUCAGCUUCGAAGACCGCGACCAAGACUCGUACUGAGCAGAGAAGAAGAAGAGAGAGGAGGCGAGGCAAAGCAGAAAGCGAGCAGAGGUGAGAGGCGGGAACGCCGGAGUUCCAAGAAAGCGAACGGAGAUAAUAGGCUUGGAGACUGCACAAGAAGAACUGGAAAACGAAGAACUCGUGAACUGGCGAGGACCUGCCGCCGAGGAGAGAGAAAAUGGAGUGGAACGUGUCUCCUCUCCUGUACUUCCUGACCUCUCUCAACAGGACGCCUGUUCCGUCUGUCUACGGGGAGGCGCAGACUUCCUCUGUGUGGCCAGACCAGGAGAUCUGGGCGCGUACGCGAGGAACUCGCUGUGUGCUGCCUCUGUUCUGUUUGGCUUGUCGUGGCGCGCGAAUGGGCCGAAGAACGGUCACAAGGAGGAGCAACGUCAGAGACAGACGGCCUCUCUCUCGGCAGCGCUGCAGCCUGUUUUCUCAGGUGCUUCAGCGCGCUUCUUCGUGGUCAAGGCCUUUUCCCUCCACGCUCUCGACGGUCGGGGGGUGUAGGUACACCCGCGGAGCCGGCGGGGGUCGGGAGGCGGGAGCCGAGAUUGGGGGAGUCGGAGAAGAGACUCCGUUGCGGUUUCGACCGUCGGCUCGGUUUGUUAUGUCUCUUUUUCGAGGCACUUGGCCGUUGAAUUUUUAGGUUUUUUCCCUUGUUUUACGUGUCGACAUUUCGCGCGGUCCGCGGAAACACAUUUGUCACCUGCCUCUUUGUUGCUUGUGUUGAGUUGAUUUGUUAAAGUCGAUUUGAACCCGCAGCGAGGGGAACUUGCAGACUUGCGUGGGCAGCAGAGCCACCACUCCCUUGUGCCCCGCGAGAGUCCUGUUUGUGCGAAAUCGAAGGCGAAGGCCCAUUUGAAACGAGCGGCCAAACAAGUAAUGAAUUGCUUUCCUGGAAAUAUUUGAAGAUUUGACUUCCGAAUCCGAAGAAAGCUUGGGCUCUGUUGUUUUCGCAAGGGAAGCUCUCUCUCCCUUGCGCGCUCUCCAGCUCUGUGACGCCUCAAGCUGUCUGUGUCACAUUCCCGGUGAUCCAGUGUUGUCUCCCGUGGGGAGUUUUUGUCUUGUUGUUUUCCUUUUGUCUGUUGACCAAACUUUCGCAUCAUUUCCAUGUUUCUGCGACGACACUUCGUCAGCCUGCCUCCUCCCCUCUCGCACAUCCCACACUCGCGUUUCACUGACUACACCCUUUGCUGCCCCCGCCCCCUCUUGGUCUUCGACGCUGCUCUCGCUGCUUCGAAAAACGUCCAAGUAGUAGAUACUCUUCACCUUUCAACAGCCUUUCUGGAACUGUCGAGAAGCCGUCGAGUCGUCACAAACUCUCCUGGAGCACGAGGGCGUCCAGCCUCGUCGCCUUGCUUGAACAAGAGGACCAACGAGGUGUUGAACUCCACCACCCUUUCAGUACAGCUGUCGGAGAGAACUAAGUUGUCUGUGUCCAAAAUAGAAUGGGCAGAGGAAUCUUCCUUGU